AUGGCGGGCUUUGGUACGCUUAACUUGGAUACAGACGAUGAACAUGGUACAGGAGAAACAAACCGGCGUAAGUCUCCAGCCGUACUCUGGAAAAGACUCAAGGAAGGCGAAGAUAUCAUCACAGAGUGCUGGGACAUGGUCGACGAAGAAGAAGAUCCGCUUCCGCCCCAUAACGACCCAAACAAAUUCACAGCAUAUCCAGCAGAUGCCUAUGCCAAACUCGACGUUUCAAAGAUGGACGACGCGGAGUAUCUGCGCGGUCAUCUCCAAACCCUCUCUGAACAGCUCCAAAGCUGUCGGGCGGACCUCCUAGAGCAAGAAAGUGCACGGAUCCAGGCAGAUUGGGGCCACAAGAUGGCGCAGCAGAAGUGUCGACGAUUGCAGGCUUUCAUUAAGUACAUCGUGGAGGAAGUCGCUCGUCCAAUGGUUCUGAGCCAGGCAGAAAAGGAGUAUGGGCUGUUCAAGCGAGAGCAGAAGGUUCACGCGCGUGAAAAGGCACUCAAGGACGAAGAGGCUAUCAUGAGCAAGGAGCGCACGAACCUAACUGAAUUCAUUGGACUCGUCAGGAAAGCCGCGGCUACAUCAAAGGCGGACUUGGAGAGGCUGCGUGAGAAUGUCCUGGAGAACGACGAGCGCAUCAGAUUACUCCGAUUCGACGUCAUGUCUGAGGAGAAAGAAGAUUGGCUACAGGAACUGUCAGAGCACCGCACGAAGAUGAACCAAGAACUGCUCCUGGUCAGCGCUGACAAGCGUGCAUUGGAAGCCCAGCUCAGCGCUUCAGUCACCGAGAAAGAGAAAACCACCUCGGAAGCCCUCAAAAGUGAAUACUACAAUCAGGGCUACAGCAUCGGCGAGGCUGCUGGCAAGAAGAUCGAGGCUGUUGAGCAGUACCUCCGAGGCUACGAUUUUGGGGCCAAGGAUGCAAACAAGAUUGCAAGGCAGAAUAUCGAUGCGGAGUACCAACGGGGCAAGGAAGAAGGUAUUCGAUCUGCGCAAGAAGAACGCGUAAAACUCGAUGUGAAGCUGCGAGAAGAAAUGAGGGAAGAAGUCGAACGUGCCAAACAAGAAACAGAAGAGCAGGUGACCGCCGAGCUGACAGACGACUUCGCAAAGUUCUGGCACGAGCGAGAACUUGUCGUACGCCAAAACUAUCAUGCAUAUGGCCUGUACGAAGGAGCCAUGACGCAGAUCCGCCUCCGGAAAAAGGUUGCAACAGCGGUUGAGGAAGAGGACGCGCUGACAAGUCGCAUUGCAUCCAUCCUCGCAAUACAAUGGCAAAACGCGAUUGCCGAAAAUACUUUGGAGAAAACGCCAUGGUUCAACGUCAUCAAGGAGGAUUCACCAAUUUGCUUGCGUUUCGAAUACAUCAUUGGUACCAGUUUCUGGAAAGGGCUCGUGGCGAAGAUAGCAAGGGAGCAACUCGUAGUAGAAGAACGCAUCAAUGCAGCGAGAGCCGAACAAGGCUCCCUCCCACCCGUCAUCUAUGAGCUCCCUAAAGACGAGGAAGCCUGCAAGGCGUAUUUCAGCGACAUGGUCAAGGAAUGGAUGGAAAGCUGGCGGAGAAAGAAGGAGGAAAGCCGCUUAGUCGUGGAAGACUGGUGA